AGUUUGUUCAAAAACGGAACCGGAAAUGCAGUCAACAGGCUAUUAAACGUUAGCAUUUCUUCUCUACUAUCACAACACUCUUCACAGGCUCAGCGGUUUGAUUUGAAGUGAAGUGAAUUCACACUGAUCGCGAAGGGUUCGUGUCCGUGUACAUGAAUAUACGUCUGUUUGUGUAUUUGUGUGUUUUUUGAGCGAGAGACAUUAAUGCGUUACGUGUUAGCCGCUUCGCUAACUAGCGUCAGUUGCUGAGCUAACGUUAGCUUAGCUCAACCGUUAGCUUUGGCUGUCGACUGACUCCUACUUUGUUGAUCAGUCAGUCACUGGGUGAUCAUGGCUGACCCCGCAAGGAUCAAAGUUGGUGAUUCAUCCGAGAGGACGAACUCUGCCGCAGAGCAGCAGAACCCUAAACCCUCUGAGGCUGAUCCAGCGAAGACCCCUCACCACCAGUCCAGUCACCACCAGUCCACCGGUGAAAACAAGGACGCGUCCUCCUCGCAGGAUCAGUCAAAACAGGACGAGGCGAAAUCUGAAUCAGCAGCUGGAGAAGACGAGGAGGAAGGAACCUCGGGCCAACCUGACUCCAAACGGCUGAAGGUGGAACCAGAGAAGAAGAAGGAGAAGCGCCACAAAGUGGACGAGGACGAAAUUCAGAAGAUGCAGGUUCUGGUGUCGUCCUUCUCCGAGGAGCAGCUGAAUCGCUACGAGAUGUACCGACGCUCCGCCUUCCCCAAGGCUGCCAUCAAGAGGCUGAUCCAGUCCAUAACCGGGUCGUCCGUGUCUCAGAACGUGGUCAUUGCCAUGUCGGGUAUUUCAAAGGUGUUUGCGGGGGAGAUAGUUGAGGAAGCGCUGGAUGUGUGUGAGAAGUGGGGGGAGACGCCCCCUCUUCAGCCCAAACACAUGAGGGAAGCCGUGCGCAGGUUGAAGAGCCGCGAUCAGAUUCCCAACACCAAGCACAAGAACAUUCUCUUCCACUGAUGUUUCAGUGUGUGUGAGUGAGGAUGAUGAUGACGAUGAUGACGAUGAUGAUGACGACGACGGUGCCGUCACCAUGAAACCUUUGUGACCCACAGACUGAUUCUUCUCUCGCUGCCCGACCGAGCUGUAGAACCGGUCGACCCGUCGUUCACCUCAGUAAAAAUGAUAUUCAUGUAUUAUGGUUGUAAAUAGUUUUGUACCUGGAAAAUCUGAAUUGUGUUUUUGUUCUUGUGCCUGUUGUUUUCGAGGAAGGAUGUCAUGGUUUUUGGAAGUUUAAUGAUAAUGGAGCUUUUUCUUCCCGGAUUUGACAGGAAAUUAAUUUCAUUUUCAGGUUUUAUUUUGAAAUCUGUCAAAAAAACUGACUCACGAGUAAAAUAACCUUGAUUUGUCUUUUAAGAAUAUUGCAUUUCCUAUUAAAUCUCAAAAGGCACAAGUGA